CCGCCGUCGCCGCGUGGCGGCGUGGCCGCGUGCGGAGGCUCAGCGCUCAUCAUCAUCACCGGCACGCGACUUCCGGUUUGUUCUGCAACUUCCUCUGACGUCAUUGGCGGCCAUCUUUGUUGGUGUUUUUUGACGCAGGGAGACGGCGAUUUCAUUGUUCAUACUGCGGAAACGAUUUUUGUGUCGGUGCUCAAACGCGAACACAGCAAGGGUGGUCCGUGUGUUCUUUUUUUUUUUUUUUACAAGUUCCCCGGCAGCUUGGCGGCACCUUUCCUCGGAAGCAGGCACGCCAUGGCUCAACAGCCGACAAGCAGCGCUCUACGUGCGCUGGGACUCGAAUUCAAGGGUUUGCAAGAGGAGCCCGUGGAAGGUUUCCGUGUGAAACUGGUAAACGAGGACAAUCUUUUCGAGUGGGAAGUGGCCAUCUUCGGACCGCCGGACACGCUAUACGAAGGCGGAUACUUCAAGGCCCACAUGAAGUUCCCCCCAGACUACCCCUACUCGCCACCCACCGUGCGCUUCCUCACCAAGGUGUGGCACCCCAACGUGUACGAGAAUGGAGACCUGUGCAUCUCCAUCCUGCACCCGCCCAUCGACGACCCUCAGAGCGGGGAGCUUCCCUGCGAGCGUUGGAACCCCACCCAGAACGUCAGGACAAUCCUGCUGAGCGUGAUCUCUCUGCUCAACGAGCCCAACACAUUUUCGCCGGCCAACGUGGACGCGUCAGUGAUGUACCGCCGCUGGAAGGACUCCAAGGGCAAGGACAAGGAGUAUGAGAACAUCAUACGAAAACAGGUGUCGGCGACACGUCUGGAGGCGGACCGCGACAAUGUGACGGUGCCGACAACCAUCGACGAGUACUGCGUCAAGCACCGGCAGAAAGUGGUGGACGAGUCGGCCACCUCGGCCGAGGCGGACAUGACGGACUUCUACGACGACGACUACGACGACGACGAGCUCGACGACGAGGAGGAAGAGGAAGAAGAGGACGAGGAGGAUGAAGGCCGCGGCACCGACGGUCAUCACCACCACCACCACCACAACCACAUCCACAACCGGAGCAGCAGCGGUGCCGAGGCGCCACAGUACCGCGCCGACGACGACGAUUCGGGCAACGGCGAGUCCUGAUCUCCGGCCCCCGCCCACCGCCCAACCGCGUCGCGUUACCGAGGCAUCGGGAACCAGGCGAAAGAUGGCCGCCACUCUUCUUUCGCCGCGCGCUCUCUUUCCGUCUCUUUGUUAGGGCUGCCGGCGACUCCGAGGCGAAGGUACCGAGAACCGGGCGAAAGACGGCGUGCGCCGCCCUUCUUUUGCCGCCACACUCUCUCUCUCUCUUCGUUGUGGCUCCCGGAGACCUCGCGCAUAAAUUGGCUGCUGCUGGCUCGCGCGGGCCGCCGCGUAGCCCGUCCAAAAGUUGGCGCGUCGAUCCCCGAGAGUUUUGCGUCUGUUCCACCCCGUGGACCUGGUUGAUUUUUUUUCUUUUAGGUUUGCGUUGGUUUUUUUUUUUUUUUCAGCCGUAGUGGCAGUGUGAGUCGAUUUUACCUCUUUUUUGUUGUUUCUAGGCUUGUAACAGCUCUGUCGGUACUUCGCCGUUGGGUGGCUUUUUUGCCAUUGUUUUUAGAGUUGGUUUUGUUUGGUGCUUUCGAAUGUGUCUUUUUUUGUUUACAGGGAGAGCUGGGGGAGGGGGGAUGCCUUUCUUGCUCUUUUGAAAAGGCUACGACUAGUUCUCUUCGUGGUGGCUUCUCGUGAAAAGUGUUUUUUUAGGCCUAGGACAUGGCUACGUCGUGCGUCUGCCCGGAGAUUGUUACCUCCGGUCGAUCAACCGCCGUCUCUGGGACAUUGAUGGGGGCGCGUUUCUAGGAGGCUGAUCUUGAGCAGUUUGCAGAGUUGCUCUUUGGUGUUUUCUUGUAUCCAGCCGAGCGGCGGCUCUUUCGGGUAUGUCUGAGGCCCCAGAGUCUGUGAAAACUGCCCUCUCUGGGAACUGCUCGCUCCGAUAGCGGCUUCUUGAAGUGACUGCGUUAAACGCACUUCGUUUGUCAGGUCUAGUUGCCAGGAUCUCUCGUUUUCUCGUUCUCAAAGCGGCCGCGGCUUCAUUUUUUUUUUUCCCCGUUAAUUUAAGAGAACUAUUUAUAAACUUUGCGUGAUGUGCCCGAGACGCUCGGCAGUUGCUCUUGCUUUCUUCUUUUUUUUAUUGCCGGAGUGUUCUUUUUACUUAGCCGUCGGUUUGUGCAAAUGUCUCUUGUAUGGUUUCUUGCAUGGCGAAUCAACGAGAAUGUUGUAAAAAUGGGUGUGUGUAUCUGGCUACAAACUUCGAUGCUUCUACGGGAAGAAUGCAGGAUGGCAGUGACUUACGACAAUAAACUGGUUGAAGAAUGCGUAA